AUGCCCAAAUCCUCACCGUGCGCCUUCUCAUGGUCCUCCCUGUGGCUGGCAUCUUUGGCUACUUUGGUUGUGCAGUCGGUGCUCUCUUCCUCCUACUCUUCCUCCUCUACAUAUCAGAGAUCUGCAGCCGAUGGGAAGCGACCCGGCUUCAUGGAGAGGACGCUGGUUCUCUUGGAUGUCAACACCCGCAGUCCGAUCAGAGUCCUCAACGACAACUUCCUUUCUUUGCAGCUGGACCCCUCGAUCAUCAAGGACGGGUGGCUGGACUUUCUAAGCUCAAAGCGGCUUGUGACCCUAGCGCGCGGCCUGUCGCCUGCCUUUCUGCGUUUCGGGGGGAAGCGGACCGACUUCCUGCAGUUCAACAACCAGAAGAACCUCGCCAAGUUCAGAGGGCCGGGGCCAGACUACUAUCUGAAGAACUACGAAGACGACAUAGUGCGCAGUGACAUCGCAUUGGACAAACAGAAGGGCUGCAAGCUGGCCAACCACCCUGACAUAAUGCUGGAGCUGCAGAGAGAAAAGGCCGCCACCACACAGCUCGUCCUGCUGAAGGAGCAACUGUCCAACAUCUACAGCAACAUUACAAUAACAGCCAGGUCUUUAGACAAACUGUACAACUUUGCCGACUGUGCUGGUCUGCACCUGAUCCUGGGGCUCAACGCGCUGCACAGAAACCCAGACAACUCCUGGAACACCUCCUCCACCCUGAGCCUCCUAAAGUACGGCGCUGGAAAGAAGUACAACAUAUCCUGGGAGCUUGGAAACGAGCCUAACGCGUACCGCAGCAUGGUGGGUCGAGCGGUCAACAGCACGCAGUUGGCUCAGGACCACACCAAGCUGCGGACCCUGCUGCAGUCUGUGCGCUACUACCACCGAGCUCACCUCUACGGCCCCAACGCAGGUCGACCCCGGAAGAACGCCAUCCUGCUGCUGGACGGGUUCAUGAAGAAUGCCGGCUCUGUUGUAGAUGCAGUUACGUGGCAACAUUAUUAUAUGGACGGCAGAGUGAACAAAGUGGAGGACUUCCUAAAGACCCGUCUGUUGGACACACUGACAGAGCAGAUAAAUAAAGUCACCAAGGUUGUGAACACACACUCUCCUGGUAAGAAGGUAUGGCUGGGUGGGCUCGGGCCGGCGUGGGCAGGAGGCAUCAACAAUCUCUCCGACACAUACGCUGCUAGCUUUCUGUGGGUGAACGCGCUGGGAAUGGCUGCUGUGCAGGGGAUUGAUGUUGUCCUGCGUCACUCGUUCUUUGACUACGGAUACACACACCUUGUGGACCAGAACUUUAACCCUCUACCUGAUUACUGGUUCUCUCUGGUCUACAAGCGUCUGGUUGGUCCGAGGGUUUUAGCCGUGCGGGUGGCUGGACUGCAACGGAAGCCACAACCAGGACGAGUCAUACGGGACAAGCUGCAAAUCUACGCCCACUGUACCAGCUACUACAACCAUAACUAUGUGAGAGGGUCCAUAACGAUCUACAUCAUCAACCUGCAUCGGUCGCGAAAGAAAAUCAAGUUGGCGGGGACAUUACGGAACAACAUUGUCCAUCAGUACCUGCUGCAACCCUACGGCACUGACGGACUCAGAGCCAAAUAUGUCCAGCUGAACGGGGAGAAGCUGCUCAUGGUGGACAAUGAGACAUUUCCCGAGUUAAAGCCUAAGACAUUGAGGGCUGGACGGACAAUAGCCAUGCCUCCCAUGACCAUUGGCUUUUAUGUCAUCAAAAACAUUAACGCAUACGCCUGCCGAAGAUAACACUGACCCCUCAUCCGGAGCUUUAGGAGCACUGCUCAAAGUCACAGCUUUGAUCCAAAGCUUCAAAAAAAGAUGUGGCUUUUUAAAUGUUCCCUUUUCUGCUGAAACACAGGGAGGUCAGAAAAAACUGCUUUUUAUAAUUUGCAUGUCUUGCUCAAGGACACUUCAGUAGAGUGGACACUUGAGUACAGUACAAUCAUGUAGUCUUCAUCAUUAUUCAUGACUAAAGAAAGACUUGCCCAAAACACAUACAAAAGGGCUGCACUGAACUCUUUUCAAUUCUUUUCUCCAGCAGCUCUUUGUUCAAGACUCUAAUGUUUGUGUGACUUUGUAUGAAGUUAUGCAAUAUCACAAAAGUCCACCUUAAUGCAACUUAUUAAGCUAUCAUUUCUCUGCUUGGAUUGUAAAACCUAGAGAUGUUAUCUCUGUCUGCCCAGGGUUUCUUCUGUUUUUCAUAAUUAAUCUUCUACUGACCGAUGAAGAGAAACAAACGCAGCGUUUCUGAGAUUACACAAGUCAAGAACAUACAAGGUGUGUGUGUGGUGUGUGUGUGGUGUGUGUGGUGUGUGUGUGUGUGUGUGUGUGUGUGUGUGUGUGUGUGUGUGUGUGUGUGUGUGUGUGUGUGUGUGUGUGUGUGGUGUGUGUGUGUGUGUGUGUGUGUGUGUGUGUGUUGAUAAAGCUACUGAUGUGUCUGUCCAGUCUAUUUGCCUCUGAAAGCGUGGUUCCUUCUCUGCCAUUUCAAGGGGCUUAAAGGGAAAAUAUUCUUCUUCUAAAGGCUGUUUUGUGUGUCGUGUGUGUCGUUACGUUCCGCUCCCAUCCAGCCUCCACACACAAUCUGGGUUUUGUGCAGAUGUAAUGUCACUAUCUUCAUUUUGAUGUAACGUUUUAUAAUCCUCUUGUGCUGCUAGAGUUUUUUGUACUAAAUAUACAUAUAUUUUACAUAAUUUUGUACAGAUUUACUGUCAAACUAUUAGGUAAUGUAUUGUACAUAAGAAAGAGUGAUGCAAAUACGUGAUUUAAGAUUGAUAUGUUUACUUACAAACAGUAUACAUCUAAUUUAUAUGUCUAAAUAAUUUGCUUUGCUUUAACAUUUCUAGUUUUAAAUGUCAUCGUCACAGACUGUGUUUUAUUUGGAAGAAAAGGAAAUACCUUAAGAUUUAAAAUGGUUCAUUACCCAUGUUUCCCAUUUAUUUUACUUAAAGUUCAUAAUAUUUUAAUCAACUUAUUUCAAGAUAAGCUUGUCAUUUUCUGGACUGCAACCACAUAGUGAGUACAAAUGGGUCAUGAUGUGCUCUUAGAAUAAGAUCAAUGAUUCCAUCUGUACUUUCCUACGUGGUGGAAGUAACACAGGAGCAGGUUCAGAGCCCCAACAUGUUGCAUAUAUAUAUACAUAUAUGUGUCCCUUUAAAUGUGUUCAUAGUUGAUGUAGAGAUGUUCAUAUUUCUU